AUGACUGACGCUAAAAUUAAAGAUAUUUAAGUUCUCGACUUCGGUAAUAUGAAGAAAAAAACUAAGAAGCCUGCUGCUACUGCAUCAAAGACUGAAAAUGAUGAUGCCAAUAAAGCUCAAGGUGAAAAGAAAGAUUCUUAGGUUGAUUCCUCAAAAAACCAAGAAAUCCCAGUUGAAAAGAAGGAUUUCGAACCCUAAUACUACCAACUUUUAGAUAGAAUUAAUGACAUUUUAAAGAGAAAUAAUCCAAGUUUACAAGAGGGUAAGACAAAAAUUAGUAUCAAGACUCCUCAAAUUGAAAAAAUGGGUAAGAAAACUGCUUGGUUAAACUUUAUGGAUAUUGUUAACAAGAUGAAGAGAGAUCCCCAACAUGUUUAAUAAUUCGUUGUUACAGAACUUGGUACUGAAGGUACUAUAGCUAACAAUCAACUUAUUUUAAAGAGCAGCAAGUUCAAUGAUAAGCAUUUUGAAUCAAUUAUCAAGAAAUAUAUUGCUGAAUACGUUUAAUGCUCACUUUGUAAGAGUCCUAACACUAAACUUACUAAGGAUACCAAUACUCGUCUAUUCAUGAUUGAAUGUGAUCAAUGUAAAAGUUCUAGAUCCGUCGCUACUAUUAAGAAGCAUUGA